UUCACUCUAGAACCCACCAUUACCUUUGAGGUAGAGGAUGAUGUUGUUGAUUCUACUGUUGAUCAUGAGGGCGACGACGACGAUGAUAAUGACGAAGACAGUAACCAUGAUGAUGGCGGUGGUGGUGGUGGUAGUGUCCACAAUGCGCAGGCACAUAAAAUUAUCGCAUGGACCUAACAUAGAUCCUCGGGUGAUCAGCAGCCCCAUCUGUGACCAUUUCCGGUAA